CAUCCUUCUUUCACCGCUCUCCAUAUUUCCAUGGAAGAGCGGUCCCAAGCUCAACAUGGUGACGAUGAAUUCCCCCGAAACAAAACAACGUAUGAUCACGACGUUUCUAAUACUCAAUCACCACAUUUUUCCUCAGGAACUUACGUUGUUCAAGUUCCAAAAGACCAAAUCUAUCGUGUCCCCCCACCAGAAAAUGCUAUAAUCAUCGAGAAUCAUCGAAAUAAGAUCAACCAACAAGGAGGGAGUUCUCGUUCUUGUUGUUGUUCUCGACGUUAUAUAUGUAUAGUUAUAACGUUAGUAGUUGUUGGAAUUAUUAUUGGUUUGGUAAUAGGUCUUACCAAAUUACUUACCAAGCAUAAUGAUCCACAAUUUAACGUGAAACAAGUCAUAGUCAAGAAAUUAAACAAAAAUCAUCACGAUAAACGUACUCAUUAUCAAUAUGACGUUACAAUUGAAGCCAAGAACACGAAUCAAAUGUCAAGAAUUUCGUAUAAUUAUAAAGGGGACGGAGGUAUUUCUUUGUAUUUCAAGCAGAAGAAUAUUGCUCGCGGGGAUUUUCCAGAAUUAGAGCAAGAUCCUAAGAGCUUGAUAGAUUUCGAGGUUAUUCUUGGUAAUGGAGACAAAGAUAAAUUGCCUGAGGAGGUAGAAAGGAGUAUGAAUAGCACAAAUUCGAAGAAUCAACGUUUAUAUUUAUCUCUAUCUAUGGAUGUGCCUAUAGAAUUUAAAGUUUGGGGAAUAAGUUCAAUGAAUAAAAAUAUUAGGGUUUCUUGUAGUUUAAUUGUGAAUAUAUUGACCAAAAAUAGUCAUGUAAUCAAUCAGAAAUGUCUUAGCAAGUUAUAG